AUGGCCCGCAAGCGCGCCCGCACCGGCGGCGGCGAGGACGGGGACGUGCCCGUGCCGGUCGCGGAUGGCUUCGAGGCGCCCAUCUUUGGCGCGCGCGUCGUCGGACAGGUCACCACGCUCACGCUUGAGGGCGUGGACGGCCUAUCGCUCGGUGAGGUUGGCGUCGCGAGCGAUCACGCGGGCGCCUGGUACGUCGCGACGAAGGACUCUCUGCUGCACGUCUCGGCGGCCGGGCGCGUGCGCCGCGUGGCAGCCUUGCCGGCAAGUGACGAAUUCUACACCGUUGCUGCCAGCCCCAACGGGAGCGCGGUGUUUGUGGCGGACUUCAGCAACCACGAGAUCCGGCGGGUGGAGGUUGCGACUGGUGCUGUGACGACGCUCGCGGGCAGCGGCGAGGAAGGCGCCGCUGAUGGCGUGGGCGACGCGGCGGAGUUUGACAGCCCCUACGGAGUCGCCCUCAGCUCCGACGCGAGUGCACUGUUUGUGGCGGACUCCAGCAACCACAAGAUCCGGCGGGUGGAGGUGGCGACUGGCGCUGUGACCACGCUCGCGGGCAGCGGCGAAAGUGGCGACGCGGAUGGCGUGGGCGACGCGGCGCAGUUCUGCAGCCCACUUGGCCUCGCCAUCAGCCCCGAUGGUAGUGCGCUGUUUGUGGCGGACUACAGCAACAACAAGAUCCGGCGGGUGGAGGUGGCGACUGGCGCUGUGACCACGCUUGCGGGCAGCGGCGAGGAUGGCGGCGCCGAUGGCGUGGGCGACGCGGCGCAGUUCUGCUACCCACAUGGCAUCUCCAUCAGCCCGGACGGCGGCGCGCUGUUUGUGGCGGACGUCGACAACCACAAGAUCCGGCGGGUGGAGGUGGCGACGGGAGAGGUGACCACGCUCGCGGGCAGCGGCACCAGGGGCAGCACUGAUGGCGUGGGCGACGCGUCGGAGCUCAACGGACCAGUCGAAGUCGCCCUCAGCCCGGACGGCAGCACGCUAUUGGUCGGUUCCAACGGUGGCCUCCGCCAGGUCUGCGUGGCGGCGCCUCCUCCGCCUCCCUCCUUUGCCCCGAUCGUCGUUCCGCCUUCGACCCUUGGAGCUGACUUCGCAAAGACGCGGGGCGACGCCUCCCUCCCGCAGGGCAUGGUCACCUUCCUGGUCGGCGACGACCGGGAGCGCAUCGAGCACGUGAGCAAGAACGUGCUAUGCGCCCGGUCCCCGGUCUUUCGGACCAUGUUUGGCAUCGGCAUGAAGGAGCGCGACGCCGCCGAGGUCACGGUGUCCCACACCGACCUCGCCAGCUUCACCGCCCUCGUGGACUACCUCCUCUCCGACAAGUUCGACCUCGGCGAGGAGGAGGGCAGGGCGCAGCGCGCGCUCGACCUGCGGGAGCUGGCGCAGAUGUACCAGGUGCCGCGCCUCGAGCUGCUCUGCGCGCAGGCGCUGCAGGAGAGCGUCGCGCCGGCGACCGCCGUGCCGCUGCUCGAGGCGGCGCACACGCUGGGCGACGGGCGGCUCCUCGCGCAGUGCCGCCGCUUCGUGGCCGACCACGCCGCCGAGGUGCGGGCGAGCGGCGGCGUGGAGCAGCUGCGCGACUUUGGCGUGGCCAAGGGGCUGCUCGGCGACGCGCUCGACCAGGUGGUGGAGCUCAAGGGCGCGAUGCACGCGCUCCGCGUCGCGGAGAGCUGA